AUGGCUAGAGUGGGACCAAGAAUUCAAUUUGGGACUGCAGGCCUUCGCGGCCGGAUGGCGGCAGGGGUUUCCGGCAUGAACUCUUUGACCGUCAUCCAGGCAUCGCAGGGUCUAGCUAAGUAUUUGAAGGACAAGCAUGCGGAUAGUGCGUCGGGCGGAGUAGUUAUUGGCCAUGAUGCUCGUCACAACUCGGCCAAGUUUGCAGCGCUGGCUGCGAAUGCCUUCAUCUCCCAGCAGAUCCCGGUUUGGUUCUAUUCGGAGCCUUCCGUGACCCCAUCUGUGCCUUUUGGAGUCACGCAUUUGCGGGCUGCUGCGGGUAUUAUGAUCACUGCAAGCCAUGUAAGUUUCCCGUCGGGAGACGUAUGUUUAUUUAUGAAGACUGACUUUCUGAAUGGUGCCCAGAUCAACACGCCUGUUGAUGUAGAGAUAGCCCAGUCAAUCGAAGAAAACCUGACUCCAUGGCCGGGUGCCUGGAAGGUCCUUCAGGCUGUCAAGUAUCUCCACGCUGAUGCGUAUAAGACCAUUUUACCUCACUAUACAAAGACUGUUUGGGAAUACGCGAAGUCCACUGUGACGGACUGGAAACAACCGAGACCCUUUGUCUACACGCCCCUGCACGGAGUUGGAGGCCUUGUCUUCCCCGAUCUCUGCCGGUCUGUGGGCAUCACCGAGUUCACACCCGUGCUGGAACAGGUCGCCCCCAAUCCAGAUUUCCCGACCGUAUCGUUCCCCAACCCAGAAGAGGCCGGUGCUUUGGAUCUUGCCAUGCAAACAGCCGAUAGAGAAGGCAAAACCUUGAUCAUUGCCCAUGAUCCGGAUGCGGAUCGCUUCGCUGCUGCUGAAAAAGUCGAUGGAUCAUGGUUCUCUUUCACGGGAAACCACAUCGGAGUUUUACUCGCCUCGCACCUCUUUGACUCUCUAGAGAACAGAAAGGACGACGCACGCGUGGCCGUUCUGAACUCCACAGUCUCCACAGGCAUGCUCGAGAAGAUGGCAACAGCCAAGGGCAUCCACUUCGAAGAGGCGCUGACCGGUUUCAAAUGGAUGGGGAAUAUUGCCCGACGCCUCGAAGGCGAGGACUACAGCGUUCCUUACGCAUUCGAAGAAGCCCUGGGCUACAUGUUCCCGGCAGUCUGCCACGAUAAAGACGGCAUCACAGCAGCGAUGGUCUUCUUAGCAGCACAAGCCAAAUGGCAAUCCCAAGGACUUACCCCAUACCUGAAACUGCAGCAACUCUUUCAAGAGUUCGGCCACUACGAAACUCUCAACAAUUACUUCCGGUCGCCGAACCCGGACACGACGAUGACUUUGUUCCAAGCCAUUCGAAACGGACCCUACAGAACCGAGAUGACCCUGGGAUCUUUCAAGAUCCUGCGCUGGCGGGACAUGACCGAGGGCUAUGACUCCGGCACUGCCGAUCACAAGCCUACGCUGCCGGUUGAUAAGUCUAGUCAGAUGUUGACUCUCUGGCUGGACCAGGAUGUUCGCUUCACUUUCCGUGCCUCGGGAACGGAGCCCAAAGUCAAAUUGUAUAUUGAAAGCUGUGGUGCGUCCCGCGCACAGGCUGUGGAUGCUGUUUGUAAUGCUUUCUUGGCUGUCUUAAAGGAAUGGGUACUUCCUUUUGCCCCGUCUAUGACAUACAGCGAACAGAUGCCUACAUCGUCGGGUCAUGUGUUCCAGCUUUCGGGAUAAAGCGUGAUUCGGCUUGAGCUCAAAGGACCUCGAAUACUUGUCCAUAGCACUCCAUGAGAGGAGCAUACUAUUACGUGAGAUGAGGAGAGUGAGACGGCAGAAAGAGCUGUAGCGAUUCGUAUACCAAUGUUAGCUCAUUUAGACGUUCAUGUGAGAUGCUAUUCG